CAAACACUAGAUGGCGCUAUAUGCAAGAUACAAUGGAGAAGUUAUCGCUGCGUGUGACUGUUAUUGAAAGUGUGCACCCAUAACGACCAACCAACUCAGCAGCAAUGUAGCUAGCUCUAGCAAGCUAACUUGCUUAAUUUAUUCAUGGUUAAAGAAGAAAUAAUGAAAGUACGAACAUAAUAUUAGCGACACUGGUUUUUCUUUAGAGGUUAGCUAACUACGAUAGUUGUCUGUAGCGGACAGCCCCUGCUACUUCAAGCGGGCAGCCAAAGUGCCCCGUAUUCAUGAUCACUUCAGUGCUAGCUAAGCUACCUACGAAGAGCUAGGCUAGGGGUUAGCUUAGUCGAAAUGGCUGCAGGAUCUGGCGGUUCAAGUGGCCACCGUCGCGGCACGCCUGCUGCGUUUGAAUCAUCUUUAGACCGGCGGUUUCAAGGGGUGUCGAACACAAUGGAAUCUAUACAAGGUCUUUCAAACUGGUGUAUCGACAACAAGAAAUACCACAGCCUAGUCGUACGGUACUGGAUGAAAUGGCUAAGGAAAUCUGAUGCUUCUCAUAGGCUAAACCUGUUGUACCUCGCCAACGAUGUCAUUCAGAACUGUAAGAGGAAAAACGCCAUUGUAUACCGUACUGCCUUUGCUGAGGUGCUCCCUGAUGCCUUUCUGAUGGUCAAUAGUGUGGGGGACCCCAAGGUUGUGAAGGCGGUGGGCAGGAUUCUGACCAUCUGGGAGGAGAGGACUGUCUAUACGGAUGAACUCAUCUCGGAGCUCAGGGGCUACCUGGUGAAGGAGGAAUCCCCUCCUGUUGCUGUGGUCACACCUGUACAGGUCAAAGCUGCAGUUGACAACAGAGCUGCUCUCCAGUCCAAGAUCGUGGCUGAAUUUGUUCCCCAGGCUAUGAUGGAGCUGCUCUCCAAGUACGUGGGCUCGGUAGAGGAGGUGGAGCUCAGGGAGAAGCAGUUGGCAGCCAUGAGAGUGGACGUCUGCAGCACAGAGGCCCUCAAGAAGCUCAAAGACAAGGCCGGAGGGAAGAAAUUCUCCAAGGACUUUGAGGAGGGCAGCGCCAAGCUGCAGGAUUUCGUCAGCUUCCUGGACAAACAGGUCAAGACAGGCCCCCCUCUGCUGGAGGCACUGGGCAACGCAGACAUCUUCUAUGAGAUGCAGUACAAGGAGGUCAAGAUUGUCGCCAACGCCUACCAGACAUUUGCCAACCGUGUCUCCCAUCUGAAGCGUAAGCUGGACUCUCUGAAGGCCACUCUCCCAGAUCUAGACGAGUCCCCCGUCCCCUCGCCCUCCGCUGACGCUCCCUCCCCCACCGGCUCCGAGUCGCCCUUCCACGGAAUGGCCGACCUGGACCCCGACCUGGACGGCUCGGCCAUGGAUGAGGAGGCGGACAUCACUCUGGGGGAGGCCCCCAGCCCCCUGUCGUCCCCUGGAGGGUCCCCCAGGCAGGGCUUCGCCGUGGGGGAGAAAGACAACCGCGACGUAGAGGACAUGGAUCUAUCAGAGGGGGAGGAGACGGACAUAGCUGGCAUUCAAGUUGACGAGCAAGCGUUGGGCCCCGCCCCAUUGACCGCCGUGUCCAAUCCGGUGGCUAUUGUUGCUGUCACUCAACCGUCACUGGCCAAUGAGGUGCUGCCCAGCAGUCCGGCCACACCUUCUACAGCCAUGAUCACAGCCAGCCUGACCAAUGUGGACCUAGGGAAAAUCAACUCCAUCCUCAGCAACAUCACCUCAGCCAUGAAGAAUACAGGUGGGGUCCCAGGGUCCUGUGUGUACCCAGGGUCUACCUCCUCCCCGGGCCUCUCCACAGUAAAGCCCCCCCCUGUGGCCCCGGCUGUCCCCCAGGCCCCCGGCCCCCAGGCCCCCGGCCCCCAGGCCCCCGGCCCCCAGGCCCCCGGCCCCCAGGCCCCCGGCCCCCAGGCCCCCGGCCCCCUGGCCCCCGGCCCCCUGGCCCCCGGCCCCCUGGCGCUGUCCAAGGUGGAGAUGAUCCCGGGGCAACUCCUGGGAGCUCUCUCCAAAACACACGCGCAGGGUGGGGUGAUGCAAGGUCUUACCUCCUUGUUGAACAGCCCAGCUGGAAGCACAUCAUCAAACUCCUCCAGUAUCGGCAAAAUCCCAACCUCUGCCCCUAUUCCCGCACCAAUAGCCCCCUCUGCAGGCCUCUCCCAGCCCUCUCCCAUCCUCCUGCCCUCCCCUCAAAUCUCCACCCCAGCUAGGAGCUCCAGCACACCCCAGGCAGCCCCCCUGACCAUCCCAGCCAUGCCUCCCCAGAGAGCGGGCAGCACGAGCCUGAUCAAGGACCAGCCGGCACCCAUCUCCACCUCCACCUUGGAGUCCAAGAUCCACAGCUUCCUCCAAGGGAACCCCGGCUUCAGUGCCUUCGACCUGGGCCUCGCCCGUGACCCCGGCCUCGCCCGUGACCCCAGCCUCGCCCGUGACCCCGGCCUCGCCCGUGACCCCGGCCUCACCCGUGACCCCAGCCUCGCCCGUGACCCCGGCCUCACCCGUGACCCCGUCCCCGGGACGGCCAGCGACCUCAGCCCCGUGCUGGGGGCGGAGAACCAGGAGGGUACCCCCGUGAGGGAUGAGGGCGGGGGCACCCCCACCCAGGAUGAGAUCAUGGACAAGCCAGAGGCAGAGCCUAAGUCUUCCAGCCAGACUUGCGUGCCCUCUGGGGGGGUCAGCAGGGCUGUGGACCCCCUUUCCGCCACAGGCUACUGCAGCGACAUCUGGCAGGACCCCAGCCGCCCUCAGUGCCACAACGGCCAGGCGUACCAGCCGUACCCCUACGCAGGACAGGCGGUGGGGCAGGGAGUCCCUCAGGGUGACCCGCCAGGGAACAGCAGCGGUGUGACUACCGCGCAGGGUUUCCACGGUGCAGGGCCAACCUCUGGUGUCAGUGGGGGAGGAGGGUGGUACGGUAACAUGUACCCCGAUCCCAACAGCCUCAGCAUGCCCGUGCCGGGAGGCGACAGCCAACCUGGACAGUACUGCUACCAGGGCGAGAGCCAGGGUUCCUACCCUGCCCAGCAGUCCCAGGACCUGCCCCCCCAACAUGAGAGCACCCCCUCUGGGUUCUUCAGUGGCUCUCUGCCUCCUAUUCCUCACUUACCCCCCAUCCCCCACCUCCCUCCUCCCCCCCAGGGCUUCAAGGGUCCUCCCGGCUCCGUCAUGGCAGGAGGGGGGAUGGUACCCAUGGAGAAUCCGUCUAACCCAGAGCUGGAAGGGGAGAGUGGCGUCUGCAGUGUCCUUCCUGUUGUCAUCCACGACCACCAGCACAAGUCUCCUUAUCGCCCGGACGAACCCCGCCGUCACCCCGACGACUACCACUACCGCGAAGACCCCCACCGCCACCCCGAUGACGUCCGUGGUUACUACGACGACCCUCACCGUCACCCCGACGAUCUCCGCCGUUACCCGCACGAUCUCCCUCGUCACCCGGACAACCAUUACUACCCCCCGGGCGGCUACGAGCCUUUCCCCCGCACAGGCAGCCCGCACAUGUACCCCCGGGAGCGCCUAACCCCCCCCAUCUCUCCCGACGAUGACCCUUUCUAUUACAGCUACCCCCCUCGUAGCCCUUCCCCCCCUUUGCACUACGGCCACAUGCACCCCCUUGCCCCUCAUCACCCCCGGCCACCCCACCCUCCUCACCACCCUCUCCACCCUGCUCGCCACCCCCAUCUGAGAGGUCAUCCACGGGGGCCCCCGCACGGGCCCCCCCGCCCCCCUCUCCGCGGCCCCGACCCGAGGGCCAUGCUCCGGGGUAAACGGCCGGGACCCUUCGGCGGACACCCGUUAGGAGGGGGACCAGGGGGCCCCUUCUUCCCCCCGAAGAGACCACACUUACCCCCGCACUUCUGACUGGUGGGCUGAGGGUCGAGCUCGUUGUUCCACAGCACGUCGAGGUCUCUGUGUCGGGGGGGAGGACGUAAGGGGGGGGGGGUUCACGUAUGCGAUGGCCACACGGCUGAACUGCCAUCCUGCCGGUGUGGGGACUAAGGGGAGAGAGGAGGGAUUCAGAAAUGAGGGGAAAGGUUUUGCCUUUAAAGCAAGAUGUGAGGGUGACAACAGAGACACAAAAGCAGGAAGCCCUGUAGGUUGAGAGGAGAGGCUGGAGGAGAAGAGAGGAGAAGAGGAGAGAUGGGAGGGAAAGUCGACGUUCGCUGAAGAUGUUUGUGGAGAUGAAGUAUGAAGACCGUGGCUAAAAGGAAAAAUGAGGUGGAUAUAUAGCUAUUACAUUUCGUUCGUUAUAUUUGUUCAAAUUUAAAAAGUUCAAAUUUAAUCAAUAAUUCACCUUCCCCUUCAGACAGCAUUGUGUGUUCUGCGUGAAUGGGCGUACCUAUACAUUGUUAAUUAGUCUGCGUUUGAAAUUACUCGUUAUUGCAUCUACAACAAAAAAGUCUGAAUUGUAGUUUCUGUUUCUGCUCUUGUUAGUUUUUUUUUUAGAGAGUUACACGUUUAGUCUCCCGUUUCAAAGGCCCAGCUAAGCAUCAAGAUGCCAGGGUUCAACACGAUCACACCUUUUUCCGUUCUCAUCGCAUUAUGUUGAAACAAUACCCUUUUCUUUACCGGGAGAGGGUCAGUGAUUGUUUAUGCUAAGACCUCGAAUGUUAUAUUUCUAAACCGAUGCCAUCAAGUGUACAUCGUGACAUGCAGCCUCUCUCGCAAGCGGUUUAUGUCUCUCCGGGUUAUCAAUGAGGAGAGGCUAAAGUAUCGUAGUGGGAAGGGGGUGUGUGAUAACGGUCUUUAGGGGAAAUACUAUUUUGUAGCCUUCGUUCCGGCAGAGAGAAGACGUUCGUUUUGGAGGCGGAAGAAACGAGUCCCCGAUUUCAACGGACGUUUUUACCUGUACUGUUUAUAAUAAAAAUCUGAGUGUCAAAACCACUGUGUCAUUGUUGUUUGAGGCCAAUUAUGUUUUUAUUAACCGAAGACCGAGUCAUAUCUGCUCAUCACUUCAUCACCUCAAAUUCCUUUUCCAAUUCAAAUUUUUUACCUCAAAACCUUCUCACAAAAAUAUUGUGCCGAGCAAGUUUGGUUCAUGGUGUCUGGUGCAACAUAAAUCACAAUCAAUUUAGCAUUUCAUCUGAAACCCAUUCUGGCUUUUGACGAGAUGACGCUAAAUUGAAUUGGAGUAGGCUAUUUAACUGUAUUCUCUCUUGCUGUUGUCUUGAUGUAUUUGGUUUUGUAAAGGAGAGCAUGAAGAUCAUCCUUGAUGAUCAUUGAUAGGCUACUUCAGUUGAUGGUUUUGCGUCUUCGUUUUGAACACGGUUUGAUUGCUUCUUGAUCCUAAGGCUGGUGUCUGAACAGAUUACACGAUAUGAUCCAGCUUCGAAGUCAUCCAAAGUCUUUUAGAAAAAGUCGUUAUUUUAUGAAUUAACGGAAAGGUGUAGUUUCUUACGUCUUUGUCUAUUAGCGCUAGGCUACUUUGAUUUAGACGGAGACCAGAAUAUUCAAGAUUUUUUCACAACUGGUAUUGCCCUUGCUUUUUAUUCAUUUACACAUUUGAUGCGUUAAAACACUAUGGGUCUAUAGCCCCUCAAAAACAUGAGGUUCACUGCUGGAACGGCAGUUCUAUGGUGGCUUGGAGUUGACUUGUGAAGGCUGUCGUAGUGGGCCUACUGUAAUGUUAUUG